CCUGCUCUAAUUUCAACUUAGAAAAGAAGUAUCUACCUUCUCCAUGAGAAAGUAGCAGCUAUCAGGUGUGUGUCUCUACGCUCAUAACACCCAACAUGUCUAACUCUUCCUCAUUCCUCGAUACAAUAACUUAACCUCCCACCUAAUACCUAUUCCACUCCCCAAUAUUAAUUUCACCACCUGACUAAAUAGUUUCUUUUUAGGAUUCCUUACGACGAUGACCUUAGCAUUAACUACUCAGGUCGUUAGUCAGGAUAUCACUGAAGAUAUUGUCCAAGAUGUCUUGGAUGAUAUCUUGGAUGAUGUCUUAGACGAUAUCGAGGAGGGAGGUGAAGUGUAUGAGUCGGAAGGAGGCGACUACGUGCCUUCCACUUCCUACAACAACUUAGCAAUAGAAAAGGAAGUUGCGCCUUACGACGAAGCUGCCCUUCGGCAGAGGAUAGCUACGGUGAUUGCCAUGCUUGACGACUUCUGCAAAUCCCGACGCAAGACAGAGACAGGAGUGGCAGAUAAAGAUGACGCUAAACCCCAGCUAGAUAUGGCUUGUUCGGAGGAAUCCACCACCCCAGUAAGCACCGGCUUCCAUUCACCACUUGCUUUCGAUGCCCAGAAGAGCGACACAAGCUAUAGUGAAGAGCCGAGCUGCGAAAUCGAAGAGCUAAAAAUCGAGGACCUAGCACUUGAGGAGCCAACCCUCCCACCCCACCAUCUCAUUGAGACCGAGGACAUGGAAGCAUACGGCGAGAUCCCCUUCGCCCACUUAGUUAAUCCCGAGAAAUACAGCAACCAGUAUUUCGAAGUCAAGAAGUCAAAGAUUAGCGGAAAUGGUGUCUUCGCGAAAGUCAAUCUCAAACAAGGCCAGCUAAUCCACGUGGAGCGCCCGCAAAUCGUCGCUUGCCCGGAGUCUCUGUAUGACGUGCUUGAGGAGCUGUCGCCGGAGAUUCGGAAUGCAUUCCUGCGCAUGCACUGCCACAAGCGAUGCUCCGACCAAGACGACCUACAUUCAAUCUUUUUGACGAACGCGUAAGUCUUCAUAAAUAUCUGCCAGAUGCGAUGUUUUAUUUAGGUAUAUAUAUACUAACCAUGCAUGUUGAAUUAGUUUCGCGAUCCAAAGCAAGUCAUGCAUCUACCUGAUCGCGGCACGGUUCAAUCACUCCUGCGUAAAUAUGCGGUCGGUCGAAUACCACGUUAAGUCGGACCGGGUGAUGGAGUUCCGAAUGAUGAAGGACAUGCCGGCCGGAGCCGAACUCACCAUUUCCUACGGUCCACUCAAUCCGCGGCAACUCUAUUCCAUGUGGGGAUUCCGGUGUGCUUGCGGCGGGUGCAAGCCCAUCACGGAUGAGGAAGUUGCAAGGAUCGAAGCCGUGCACGCAGGAGAGAUUUGGUAGGCGGUAUUUGAGGGAAGGAACAAAGAAAGAGGAAGGCAGACUUGCAUGGCGGUUACCUAAAGCUGUGCAUCAAUAGCUAGUAUCAAGUACUAGGUAGAUUCUAGCUGCUUUCCGAUUUUAAAUUUAAGCGUUUCUUUCCUCAAAAUCUCAUGGAGUUUGAGACCGAUUAAGGUUAAAUCUUAGAUCUUUAUCUGGGGUAAAAAAGUAAAGUGGGUACUUCCGAAUAACUAGUGCGGUGAAAGGAUUAUUUAUUAGCUGCUAAAAAUGCUGUUUUGACAACUAGAAGCUUCUUGGUUGACUGCCA